GAAAAAUGAAAGAAGCCAUCUGAUUGGUUGCUAUGGGCAACUCAGCAACUUUACCUCUGCACAGGUUUUGAUAAAUCUCCCCCAUAGCGCCAACAUACUCUACAGCGCUGUAGUUUGAGAACCAACAGGUGGCGCUGUCGCCUCAUUCUAAGCUCGUUGUAUGGAUAAGCAGCAGCACCGUUGACCUCCAGCUCCUCCUCCUGGCGCUUCUUCCUGGUCACACUGGCAAUGAGAGCAGCUCAGCAGGUCAUGAAGGUGUUUGUAAGUAGAAGGCUGCCCCCAGAAGGGCAGAAGCUCCUAGCCCAGGCUGAGAACUGUACUGUCCAGCAGUGGGAUUCAGAUGAUCCUGUGCCAAGGGCCGAACUCUUGAAAGGAGUUGCUGGGGCACAUGCCCUUCUUUGCCUCUUGUCAGAUAAGAUCGAUAAAGAAGUCUUGGACACUGCGGGACCAAACCUUAAGGUUAUCAGUACAUUGUCUGUUGGUUUUGACCACCUAGCAAUAGAGGAAAUUAAAAAGCGAGGAAUCAGAGUGGGUUAUACUCCAGAUGUUCUAACUGAGGCCACUGCAGAACUGAGCGUAGCUUUACUGCUAGCCACUUGCCGGCGCCUGCCAGAAGCUAUACAAGAAGUUAAAAGUGGAGGAUGGAAAUCAUGGUCACCAAUGUGGAUGUGUGGCUAUGGACUAUCUAACAGCACAGUCGGCAUCAUUGGUUUAGGCCGAAUAGGAAUGGCUAUUGCCCAACGACUGAAACCCUUUGGAGUGAAAAAGUUCUUGUACACAGGACGUCAACCUCGACCUGAGUAUGCUGCCGAAGUAAAUGCUGAAUAUGUGUCUCGGGAAAAGCUUACGGAGGAUUCAGAUUUUGUGGUUGUUUCUUGCUCUUUAACUCCUGAGACGGAGGGGAUGUGUAACAAGGAUUUCUUUAGCAGGAUGAAGAAAACAUCAGUUUUUAUUAACAUUAGUCGAGGUUCUGCUGUAAACCAAGAAGACUUGUACCAGGCUCUGAUCAAUGGGCAAAUUGGAGCUGCGGGUUUAGAUGUGACAACUCCUGAACCAUUGCCAACAAACCACCCUCUCCUCAGCCUCAAGAACUGUGUUAUUUUACCCCAUAUUGGAAGCGCCACCUACAGUACACGGAACACGAUGGGUAUACUUGCAGUAAAUAAUCUACUAAAAGGCUUGGUGGGGGAGGAGAUGCCAAGUGAACUUAAGAUCUGAACAUACGACUUGAAUAAACUACAGACAACUACAUUGUAAAGAGACAGCGACCAACUGGAUGCACCAUGUUUAUUUAGUUACUAUCUGUAUCUUUAUUAAACAUGUUCAAUAACUAA